GUGACGGGCGACGCGGAGAAUUGACAGAUUGCAGAAGCGGAAAGGCCGCCAACACUUCAAAGCUACAUCAACUCAGCCGACGAGCGCGCAGCUCCUGAUACCCACUGCUGCGAUAGGCAGGUACCGACUUGACCGAUUCGAUCACAGGGAUUUUGCCCCCGCGACUGCCACAGCAAUUCUUCCGUCAAGUAGUAUUGCGGGCCGGCCCUGGGCGUUCUGUCGUGGGCGGCGAUCCUUGGUGAGGGGCAGCUGGAAGAGCUGCCGAGGAGCAGCGGAUACUUCCGACGGAAAUCGCAUCAUUGAUCACAUCGGCCAGCCGACGUCGUUCACUCGAGGUCGCAUUCAAAGGAAUAGCGAGCUUAACCAUGCAACAAUAGCCAUCCCGCCUCGGACAAAGCCAGCGCUGCAACAAUAGCCAUCCCGCCUCGGACAAAGCCAGCGCAUCCAGUCUACUUCUCCCAGCCGCAAUCACCAGCCCAGCCCGGCCAAGUCAGGCCCGGAUCGACCAUGUCUUUCACAAACACCCCCGUUACCCGUUCCCUGGUGCUGGGACUGGUGAUGAGCUCUAUCGCUGCGACAAUCUUCGACGUGAAGCACUACUUUUAUCUGCUCAUCGACCCGCACAUCCUGAGAUACCACCAGCCGUGGCGGAUAUUCCUGUUCCAGCUGUGCUACACCAACUCCUCCGAGGUGCUCUUUGCAUGCAUGACGCUAUAUAACAUGCGCGUGAUCGAGCGCUUCUGGGGUUCGAGGAAAUACGCGUCGUUCCUCCUUAUCACGGGGCUGCUUACAACGGUCAUCACGCCCAUGCUCACUGUGCUGCUCCGAGCGGCGACAUUCGGGGGUUUCAACUACCUCCCCGCCGGCCCGACGCCGCUCAUCUUCGCCGUGCUGGCGCAGUACCACGCCACGGUGCCGCACCUCUACAAGUACCGCCUGGCUGUGUCGGACCCCCCUUCGGCGACCGAGGCAGACGGGUCCGACGACUUUGUGGGGCUCACUUUCUCUAACAAGUCGUACAAGUACGUCCUCGCGGUGCAGCUGGCGCUGUCGCAAUGGCCAGGAUCCCUGCUCGGCGCCGUCGUCGGCUGGAUCGUUGGCUACUCGUGGCGUAACGACCUGAUUCCGGGGCGGCUGACGCGCUGGCGGGUCCCCGGCUGGCUCGUGGGGGCGCGGGCGCCGCCGAGGAGACAGACCGAGUUCGACGGGCUGAGGAGGAGGUUGGAAGAUGAGGGCGUCUCCACCGCAACGGCCUCGGGCGUGGGGCUCCAGGAGGCCGAGGCCGGGCGAAGGAGGACCGUGGGCCAGCAGAUAAUAGAGCAGCUCAGGGGCUCUCUAUGAGCCGCACUGUGAGUGGAUGCUCGGGUAUUUUUUUCGGUAUAUGAUUUGCAGACAUGGUACUUUCAAUAGCACGGUGUCAACGAGUCUGCCGGUCCGUUCAGUCCGUGGUUCACUGGUUGUCUAUCGAGGUGGUGCGAGCAGCUCCAUCAAGUGUCAAAGUUAAAAGAGACGCUAUUUGUGGAAACCCCACGUCUAGGAAGUGCCUAGGAAAUAGCAAAUGCUUGCGUCCUUCGCCUCGGAUCAUGUGGCCGGAGCAUCCCUCAGAUCCUCGGCCAGAACAGCCCGGUACAGUAAGCCGAGGAUCGGACGAGUCCGCGGGUAAGACCACGCGGCGAUCACCCCGGCACUGACGCGACCAUUCUUAAGGCGUCGAUUUGAAGGAUGCGGGC